AUGUAUUCUGGGGCAGUGGGCCAGCCAGCAAAACACAUCCUCUGCGGCAGAAGGGGCGGAGCUUAUCUUAGUCAAUGACUGUUAAAUAGCUUAUACCAUGCUCCUUGCUGGGUUCUGCUUUGGCUUCUGAGGGCCUGUGUGGGGGACAUGGGUUCCCGAUGAAUCACUGUGGAGGAGGGGCGCGUCUGGGUGCAGGCGAACCCGACUGAGCACAGAAUCCAAUAUUGAAGCCAAGUCCCUCCUAAAAGGUUGGACUCUGGUUUUCAGUCUAUGGCAGGUGGAGCAGGGUUGAAGCUUCUGCCCAUCACCAUUCUUGGAAGGUUGUCGGGGAGGUGAGCUCUAGUCUCCCCUUACCUUCCCCCCAUGAUGGGCAGAAGUGGGGCUACACAGCCAGGGGGUACGGCCAAGGGCUUCCUAUACCCUAUUUCCUGUGCUCCAAACACAACCUCUCUAGCACCUGAGGAUUCAGUCUGUGGUCAGCUGUCACCUUGAGUGUCUCCAGCUUCUUGGUGCAGGAGCCACUCAGGGAAUGGGGGAGGGGGUGCUCUGCUGAGCCACUUUUGUACCUCCCUGACCUUGUCCGCCUCUCGCCUCCGGGGAGAUUAGUGUCCAGGUUACCCAGCUAUGCCACCAUCUCCAGUGGCCUUGCCGCCCCCACAGCCUGCAGGUAUAAGACCAGGUAAACACUGUAGGGAGGCAAAAAGGAUGGAGAUGCUCCAGGUAAGACUGUGGGGCCCCUGGGCACCUUGCAACUCCAUCCAGGCCACAGGUGGCAUGAAGAGUCCUGUGACCUGAUAAACGAGGAUUCUUUCUAGGAGAGUGUAGACAGCUGGCAGGUUUCAUGCUAGGAGGGGGGACGUGGUGGGGCAGGGCCUAAGUGUGGGUAUCUGAGGUGUUGGGGUGUCUGGGGUUCCUGGGUAUUGGGAUGGGGGAUCUAAGUGGAGGGGCUGGCCCUGAAUGGAAGUCGUCAGGCAGGGGAGCUGGGUCUCUGCAUGUGUGUACGUGGGGGAUGGAAAGGUUAAAGACCAGGGGCAGAGGUCUCAGGCUGGCCCUGAGGCAACAGCCUUGUCACAGGGGCUGCUGUUGUGGCUGCUGCUGAGCGCGGGUGGGGUGCGGACAUCCAGGGGACCACUGCGGCCACUGUGCCGACCCAUCAAUGCUACUCUGGCUGCCGAGAAUGAGGCCUGCCCUGUCUGCAUCACCUUCACCACCAGCAUCUGUGCCGGCUACUGCCCCAGCAUGGUGCGUGUGCUGCCUGCCGCCCUGCCGCCUGUGCCCCAACCGGUGUGCACCUACCGUGAGCUGAGCUUUGCCUCCAUCCGCCUCCCUGGCUGCCCACCUGGCGUGGACCCGAUGGUCUCCUUCCCUGUGGCCCUCAGCUGUCGCUGUGGGCCCUGCCGCCUCAGCAGCUCUGACUGUGGGGGUCCCAAAGCCCAACCCUUGGCCUGUGACCGUCCCCCUCUCCCAGACCUCCUAUUCCUCUAAAGGUCUCCCACCCCAACCUCCCAUACCCACCCCAGCAGACGCUCCUCCCCUCCCCUCCCAAUAAAGGCUUC